UUUUUAUGACGAAUGACGGCUUUGACUUUGACAGUUUGACGUCAUUUGUUUACGCAUUGCACUGACUAGUCUAUUCUGCGAAAAGGAUAAAAAUAAACUAAUUCAAGAAUUUAAUCAAAUUGUGCAAUCGUCAGUAGUCAGUGGUGUAAAUAAAAGUAACCUCAAAGUCUCCAAAAAUCAUAAUUUGAAUAAAUACACAAUGAGUCAGUUCGCAUCGACAUUGCCCAACAGGCAAUUCCUUUGGGAUGUAUUUCAAAGAGUCGAUCGAGAUAGAAGCGGAUUUAUCAAUGCAGACGAACUUGGAUCCGCCCUUUCAAAUGGAACUUGGAGUCCUUUUAAUCCUGAAACUGUUAGAUUAAUGAUAGGAAUGUUUGACAGACACAACAGAGGACAAGUAAGUUUCGAAGACUUUGGUGCUCUGUGGAAAUACGUAACAGACUGGCAGAACUGCUUCAGAUCGUUCGAUAGAGACAAUUCCGGCAAUAUCGAUAAAGAAGAAUUAAAAACGGCUUUAGUAUCAUUCGGAUAUAGAAUUUCUGAUAAUCUUAUUAAUAUACUCGUAAGAAAAUUUGAUAGGCACGGAAACGGGACGAUACUUUUCGAUGAUUUUAUUCAAUGCUGUAUCGCAUUGUAUACUCUUACUUCAUCAUUCAGACAAUUUGAUACGGACCAAGAUGGAUACAUAACUAUUCACUAUGAACAGUUUUUAACUAUGGUAUUCAGCUUGAAAGUUUAAUGACCUUUCAGUAAAAUAAAUGUGCUACAAUAAUUAUAUUAAACUCAAAAUGUUCUUUCUUGAAGCAUGUUUAAUGUGGAAUAACUUUUUCAAUAGUUAGUAUUUCCAUGUAUACAUUUUUCUGAUAAAUAUUUCUGAAGAAAGAGAUUGGAUAACGAAUCAGAAGUUACUACCUCAGUAUUUGUUUUCAAAAGUUUUUUGUUUAUGUAGAUUGAUGUCUAAGUUAAUAAAUUCUUGUGUCAAAUUUUGUAAAUCAUAUAAAAUUAUUUAAUAUGAAAUAUUUGUGUCAAAAAAAUGGUAAGUAGCAUUUAUGAGUCUGUGAUUUGUUGAUUCUCUGCUAAUAAUCUUAUUUUGAUAAAUAUUCUCGCUAAUCUUUGACAAAAUAAAGGAUGGAGAUUGGUCAUUGUAUGAAUAUUUUUAUUAUAUUUCCUUAUAUCAGCAAAUAAUUUAUUGUUAAUUUUCCCAUUUUGAUAGAAUAGAGAUGAAUAUAUUAGAAAUGUAAAUCGCUCAAUAUUAAUCUAAUAGGAAGAUUGUUUAUUUUUUCUCUUAGCUUUUUCACUUAAAGUACAUUUUUUUUGACAAAUAUUUUCUAGUAAUGUUUAAUAUUUAUUAAGUCCAGUUCAGUAGAGACUGUAAAAGUUGUGUAAUGACAUAAUUCUAUUGUAAAUAUCCUGUUUAUUAUUGAAUUUUAAAUUUUGGUUAAGGAAUAAGUGUUCUAAAGAUAAAUGUGAACUUUUAUAUUAAUGUUAAUUAGUGUGUAUAAUUAUUUCCAUCUUUUAUAAUACAUAUUUUUGUAAUCUUUAAGCUUUUAUUAUCGAUAAAUGUUUAAAACUA